AUGACCGAAAUUUUCGGCGCCGUUUCUGGCGCCAUCAGCAUCUCUGCUCUCUUCAACGAUUGCGUUGACUGCUUCGAGUACAUCCAACUCGCCCGGCACUUUGGCAAAGACUACAGCAGAUGUCAACUGAGGCUUGAUGUGGCCAAGUGGCGCCUGGAUCGAUGGGGCGCCGCUAUCGAUAUCAAUAACGACCCUCGAUUUCGGUCCGGUGCACCUGCAGAUGAAUCGGACUGGGUGGCCUUGACACAUACAGAUUUGGAUCCAGCCUCACAACGCCUUCGAAAUGAGUUUCAAGCUAUUACCAAGAAACGACAGAACCGUACAAGCUUGGUCAAGAAGACUGGUUGGGCACUCUACGACAAGAAGCGACUGGGGAAUCUAAUUGACAACAUCGUCACGUCCAUAGACGAGCUGGAACUGGUUUUCCCCUCCGUCGCCCAAGCUUCGAUGGAUCUCGCGAGAGCGGAAAUCCAGAAAGUGGGCGACCAACAGAGCUUGCACUUGAUCCGAGAUGCUGCCGACGGGCUUGACCCCGUCCUGAACGACUUGGCGAAACAAAAGCUCGCGGGAGUCGAAGUCCAGAACUUUGCAGCCCGCGUCAAGACGACUGAGUCUGGGAAGUUCGAAGUCGGCAACAUCUUCACCAAGGAGGCAUGCGGUCAAUCAGUGGGCUUUCCUUAUCGCAACACCAACCGCGUCGAGGACAUGGAGGUCAAGGGUGAUUCAGGCGUUCAUGUCGGCGACACUUACGGGGGAAAGGGGUUUUGGGGCUGA